GUCUGCAGGAUGGUUGAAAAGGCAGCGGCGGUGAGAGGGACGCAGCCAGAGUGGGGUAUGCAGGGGAGUGGGAGCGCCGUCUCGUGGAGAUUAGUCGGGGCUCUUCCAGGGCUGGAUUUAUGGCACGCAGCUGUUGAGUGGCUGACAGACGUGUGAGCAGCUCAGGCACUGCUGCCUCUCAAGCUGCCUGUGCCGGCUCCAGCUCCGCUCACUGGUGCGUAGGAAAGGAGGACUGCCGUGCCUCGACACAACGCCAACAGAUGGUGCGGGAGCAGUAUGUCACCACCACCGAGGGCAGCAGCACGCCCAGACCGGCGCCCGACGACGUCUACAAGAUCGGCAUCUAUGGCUGGAGGAAGCGUUGCCUCUACCUGUUUGUGCUGCUGCUCAUCGUCAUCCUCGUGGUCAACUUUUCCCUCACCAUCUGGAUCUUCAGGCUGAUGUGGUUCAACUCGGCGGGGAUGGGACACCUGCAGGUAAACUCGGAUGGGGUCAAGCUGGAGGACGGCGAAUCUGAGUUCCUGAUGCCCGUCUACGCUCAGGAGAUCCACUCCAGAGAAGACUCUUCACUUCUAGCGCACUCAUCAGAAAAGGUUUCCCUUAAUGCCCGCAAUGAAAACGGAGACGUUACUGGAAGGAUCUCUGUGGGUCCUAAAGAGGCUCAGGGACACACUCCAAGUCUGCUCAUUAACUCCCAAUAUGACAACAUGCUGUUCACCGCAGAUGGCGACCAGGCAAUGAUUGGACCAGACAAACUGCGAGUCACAGGUCCUGAGGGGGCUCUCUUCCAGCAUUCAGUGGAGGUGCCACAGCUGAGAUCUGAAAUUCUAAAAGACCUGAGGCUGGAGUCCCCGACUCGCUCUCUCAGUAUGAAUGCUCCAAAAGGUGUUCAUAUCAAAGCCCUGGCAGGAAACAUCGAAGCAACUUCCAGGAUGGACGUUAUUCUUCAGUCAAGCGAAGGACUGCUGGUGCUGGAUGCUGAGACAGUGCGCAUGACCAAUUUGCCCGUGAGCAAGGAAGGGGUUUCUGGAAACGCUCAGGGUCUCUACGAGGUGUGUGUCUGCCUCAGCGGAAAGCUCUUCCUGUCCAAGGCUGGAAGGACGUCCACUUGCAGCGACAAUCAGGAGUGCUAGCCAGACUCUGAUAGGGUCAUCGAUUUUCCAUCUCUCAGAUGAUGCAUCCUCCAGGAGGCAGCAAGCACAACCGUUUGUACGCAUUCAGUUUUUACUUUUCAAUCUCAAUUCCACUGUGGGUCUGAGUAUCCCACAGGCACAGCGAGGCUUAUCAAAAAAAAAAAACAAAAAAAACCCAAUACCUGCUGGCAUACAUGAUGAAGAUGUAAAAAGCAUGCAUAAUUUCAGCUGCUUUUUAAAGAAUUCUAAGUAUUCAAAUUAAACAAAUUGGCUCAGUACCACAAUUGUCUGCAUCGGAGUUUGGUGGAGAAUUAUCACAAAACACACACACACACACACACACACACACACACACACACACACACACACACACACACACAGUAUCAUGGCUGGGCAAUGAGGAGCUGGUAACAGCUUACAUCCUAUGCAAUAUUAUCUUUGGGUGCAAUAAAUGAAAUUGACACAUAUCAAGGGCUUGGAAAAUUGAAAAAAAAAUCCCUCAAAUGGCAACAGAAUUUAUUGGAAAUAUUUAUUUUUGGCUUCAUCCUCCAAGCCCUUGGUAUGCUGCAUUUGUGUUUUGGUGUUGAAGUUGUCUAUAUUUAAAUGUGAGGGAAACCAUGAAAUGUUCAAAUAUUUUGUCAAAGUCAUGAGUAAGAAAUUAAUUUUUGUUUAGCCUCGAGUUCAGAAACAAGUUCACUACACACUUGGUUCUGUAGGAUUCGAAUACAGUAUGUUCCAAGCCAUUGUGGCACUACAAAGUGUGUGUCAUGCCGUGCGUGUAUAUGAGUGUGCUCUUUCCAGGUUUUAAGUCUAUGUAUGGGUGAGAUGACUUAUUUUGUUUUGAAGCAACAAGCAUGUAAUUCCUCUGACGCAGGAAAGAUAGCUUUUUUUUUGUUUUUCUAAAUUGAAGCCAGAUGUUCCGUUUGUACAAUAACUUCAAUGAAAAUAACCAAUAAAACCUUCUCUUCUCACACACACAGUGGCAGUAAAGCAAACACAAGCAGGCUUUGAAAAAGACUGUUCUGUGCAGAAACAUUGCCUUGACUUCAGUUUCAAUACAAUAUGCAUGAAAGGCACUUGACGGCUUUUGCCAUGAUUGCUGAAUGAGUGCUCCCAGGUGAGCAUAUUUACAAAUGGUUGCACCACCUCCUUUUGUGACAUGACUGUAUGACGGUACUUUGGUUUGCAGUUGUCAUCUCUGUCCUGGCUGAUUUUGAUAGUGUGAAAUGUGUAUUUAUUCAUUUUGUAUGUUGAAUAAACUUUGUGCUAUUCUUC